GCGGCGGGCGCAGCGGGCGGGCGCACUCGGGCCGAGCCAUGCCGGCCGCGCGCGUGGAGUACGUCGCGCCCUGGUGGGUGGUGUGGCUGCACAGCGUCCCGCACCUCGGCCUGCGCCUGCAGCCGGUGGACAGCACCUUCAGCCCACGCGACGAGAGUUACCGGGAGUCUCUGCUGUUCCUGGGGCUGGUGGCUGCCAUCUGCCUGGGCCUGCACCUCAUCCUCCUCGCGGCUUACCUGGUCUGUGUGUGCUGCUGCAGGCAGGACGACGCGGUGCAGACCAAGCGGCGCAGCUCCUGCUGCGUCACCUGGACGGCCGUGGUGGCCGGGCUCAUCUGCUGUGCUGCGGUGGGUGUUGGUUUCUAUGGAAACAGCGAGACCAACGAUGGGGUGUACCAGCUGAUCUACUCCUUGGACAACGCGAACCACACCUUCUCUGGGAUCGAUACCCUGGUGUCGGGAACCACCCAGAAGAUGAAGGUGGAACUAGAGCAGCACCUGGCCCGGCUCAGUGAGAUCUUUGCCGCCCGGGGCGAUUACAUCCAGACACUGAAGUUCAUGCAGCAGAUGGCGGGCAACAUCCUCGGCCAGCUCUCAGGGUUGCCCGAGUGGGGAGAGGUCACGGCCGAGCUGACCAAGCUGUCCGACCAGACUGGCUACGUGGAGUACUACAGGUGGCUCUCCUACCUCCUCCUCUUCAUCCUGGACCUGGUCCUCUGCUUCAUCGCCUGCCUGGGGCUGGCCAAGCGCUCCAGGUGUCUCCUGGCCUUGAUGCUGUGCUGUGGGGUGCUGGCCCUGCUCCUCAGCUGGACGUCCCUGGCUGCUGACACCGCUACAGCAGUGGCCACCAGUGACUUCUGCGUGGCUCCUGACACCUUCAUCCUGAACAUCACGGAGGGUCAGAUCCGCACAGAGGUGACCCGUUACUACCUGUAUUGCAGUCAGAGCCUAAGCAGCCCCUUCCAGCAGGCCCUGACCAUCUUCCAGCGCUCGCUGACCACCAUGCAGAUCCAGGUCGUGGGACUGCUGCAGUUUGCGGUGCCUCUCUUCCCCACGGCAGAGAAAGAUCUGCUCGGAAUCCAGCUCCUGCUGAACUCAUCAGAGUCCAGCCUUCACCAGCUGACGGCCAUGUUGGAUUGCCGAGGGCUGCACAAGGACUACCUGGACUCCCUCGCUGGCAUCUGCUAUGACGGCAUCGAGGGCUUGCUCUAUCUCGGCCUCUUCUCCCUCCUGGCCGCCCUGGCCUUCUCCACUGUGAUCUGCGCGGGGCCGCGGGCCUGGAAGCACCUUACCACCAGGGACAGAGACUACGAUGACAUCGAUGAUGAUGACCCCUUCAACCCCCAGGCCCGCCGCAUCGCCGCCCACAACCCUCCUCGGGGGCAGCUUCGCAGCUUCUGCAGCUACAGCAGCGGCCUGGGCAGCCAGACCAGCCUGCAGCCCCCCGCCCAGACCAUCUCCAAUGCCCCCGUCUCAGAGUACAUGAACCAGGCGGUGCUGUUUGGUGGGAACCCACGCUACGAGAACGUGCCACUCAUCGGAAGAGGCUCCCCGCCUCCCACGUACUCUCCCAGCAUGAGGGCCACCUACCUGUCCGUGGCGGAUGAACACCUGAGACACUAUGGGAAUGAGUUUCCAGCCUAACACACUUUCAGGAGUUCCUGCCUCCUGGAUCCGUUUUGGUUUUUAAUUAAUGCAAAUGCAAGCUGCGUUUCUUUAAUAGAAACCAAAGGCAUCUGGAGACCCAGCUCAGGCUGCAGGACUGGAAGGCUCCUGCUGCCGCAGAGGAGCGGCUGAGAUUCCAGGGGAGUCAGCCUGGGGUUGGCUGAGAUUCCUGACCGAAGCCCCAGGCAGACAGAAGACCCCUGACUUGGACCAGACUCUCCCUCUUCUGGCCUCCUCUCCACACCAGAAAUGCCCCUCAGGUGCUUGGGCAUCCCUGAGCUGGGAGCCUGGCUCAGCCCACCCCUAUGUUCCACCCUCACCAGGUGGGGAGGGGCCGGGUCAGGCUCAAGGGUCCCAUUGCCAAGACUGUCCUGCUAGCACGGCCAAAAGCCCAGGUGACUGCUCUCGGAGUCACCUCUCUCCUGGCUGCAGGAAUGGGCAGCAUUUCCCUGCAGGUAAAGGUGGGAGGCUGAUCAGGAGAUGCUUUGAAGGGAGGUGAUGUCCCCGAUGAGACCGGACACUGUCCGAAGUAAUCUCCCCGGGGCCAGAUGGACUCUUCCCGGGCCACACAGGGAAGGCAUUGGAGAGCUCUGCAUUGGAGGCUGGUGGCUCCAGGGCCAGGGCACCGCAGGCUCGUGGCUGAAAGCCUGCCCCGUUCUGCCUGUCUUUCUCAGCCCUCCGGUGCCUCCCCUCCAGUCCAGAAUCGGGCUGGGAGUUGUUUGCUGCAGAUAGGGGCCGUCUCAGGUAUGAACAGACACUUUGAAAGCAACUUCUCUCUUUUUUUUUUUUCCAGUGUUUUAAAUAUUUUGAUUAUCCAAAGAAUUGAAACUCAUAACAUCCCGUUUUUACAGUAGAUUUGGGGCUCAUUCCUUACACCUGGUUUCUAUACCAUGACUUUGCAGAUUUUGCCAGCAUCAACCAGCCAGUUCUUUAUGGAUCUGGAAGUGGGGGAGCGGGGAUUUUUAAACAAAAUAAAGAUCAGUGAGACA